AUGCUCGGCAAGAAGAAGCUCUCGACGCUGGCGACGCAAGUGCCCCGGGCCAAGACCAGCUCGCCGCGCGUGGCCCCCGAAGAGCUCGAACAGCUCAGUGCAGAGCUGCGCGAGCAGGUGGCGGCCACGCGCCCGGAGCUGCUGCCGCUGCUGGGCCCCCUGCCGGACCCGACGCGCCGCUGGGACCUGCGGAGACCGUCGGAUGCCGCCGCGCUCAGCGCGCAGCUGCAGGACCGACUGCUGUGCCUGCCGGAGCUCAACCGCAACUCGCCGUGCUACAGCGCGCGCGACCUGGUGCUGCUGUUCACGAAGCUCAAGUACCUCGAGACCUUCUCGCAGGCGGAGCUGGCCGACUACGCCAAUGCAGUCGACACGGCGCCGCGCGCGCGCAUCCGGCAGGAAGAAGUGCAGGUCGUGAGGCAGCUGGCCACCGUGGGGAACACCACGGAGCUGUUCUCGCGCCUGGCCACGCUGCUGCACAUUCCGUGCCAUGGAGACGCGUGGAACGAGAUCGUCAAGUUCGCAGCCAACGCGCUGCCCUUCGCCGAGCAGACCGAGACGCUGCUGGUGCGCGGCUCGGACGACAGGUCCGCGCUGUGUCCGUUGACCAAGACCAACAACUACAACGCGUCCACGAUCCCAUUCGCCACGGACGUGGCGCGCGGAAGCUGCACGUGCUCCAGCGUCACCCUCGAAGCGUUCGAGCGCUGCGAGAAGCUGCGGCAGGAGCUGCUGCUCAACUCCCUAUCUAUUAACCCCAACGCCAAGAGCUCCAGCACGCUCUUCAACAACAAGAUGCGCGCGGUGAGGACGCGCGUGGCUGCGUGCCUCGGAGUCUCGGACCUGGUUCGCAGCGACCAGCUGAGGAUUCUGCUGUCGCCUUCAGGAACGGACGCGGAGCUGCUGGCUACGGUGGCUGGACUUGCCAGGUUGUACUCUGGACUUGGGGAGGAGGAGAACUUACCCGGCGGCGUCGGACCGGAGCAGUGCAAGGUAACCAGCAUCAUCACGGCUGGCGGGGAGAUCGGUCGAGGAUCGAACAGCGCUUCGGGUGGCAAGCACUUCAGCAACUUGACACCAAGCGGAGAGGCUGGUACUGCUGGAGAUCCGCUGCGUAAGUUUCCAACUGAGCUGGUGGAUGUGGUCACGAUGCCGGCUCGUGAUGACAAUGGCGAUAUCAACCGUAUCGAUGGGCGAGUGGAAGAACUGGUGCAUGAACGCCUGGAUCGCGGUGGAGAUGUAGUGCUGCUACACGUCGUCGUAGGGGCUAAGACGGGCUACGCGUGCCCGUCGAUGCCCGUGGUGGACGCUCUGGCUGCGCAGUACCCAAACCGCCUGCUUGUCGUCGUGGACGCCUGUCAAAUGCGUGUGGACCGAUCCCUGUACCGAGAAUGGGCUGCCAAGGGCUACGUAGUGCUCACUACGGGCUCGAAAUUCUUCGGAGGCUCCCCGUUCUGCGGUGCUGUGCUCAUGCCCAUGCGCUGCGUAUACGAAAUGGAAGCAGCGGCCGUGGAGCGCCACUCAGAACUGGCGCUGCCACUUGGUCUGGAGGACUACUUCUCAAGAUACGAUAUACCUGAGAACAUGCGUCACGUGCGGCAGCGGUUCGGAGCGAACAUGAACGUUGGUUUGCUGCUGCGGUGGGAGACUGCGCUAGUCAACAUGGAGCCAUUCUGUCGAAUUCCACCGCAGGAUAUUGCGGCGAUAUGCAAGUUGUACAUGAGCAAUUGUAGAAUGAAGAUGGAGUCGUCGUGGGGUCACAUGGUCGAGCUGCUGUCGCCUCCUGAGCCGACUGAAAAUGACGGCACAAGCACGGUGACGCCGAUGGACACGAUUGUGUCGUUCAAGGUGCGCGAUGAGAAUGGCACUUUCCUCGACAUGACGGCUCUGAAGGCGCUGCACACGCUUCUAUCGAAGGACGUGUCGGGUGCCCUGCCGGAUGAUGCAUUGGCCAAGAAGCGUUCCCUACUGGGUCAGCCCGUAUCACUCGGCAAAAGUGGAGUUGUGCUACGAAUUGCCAUGGGGGCAGAUAUGAUUAACGAAGUGUACUCUCGUGGCAAGGGUGAAAGCGACUUCGCAGCUGCUAUUGAGCCUCUUUCACAGGACGAUGAUGCCAUCCUGGGGAAGAUCGCGUUAAUACUGUGUCACUGGGAGCAGCUACACCACAAGUACAUUGAAGAGUGUGUGGAGACCGCACCACUGGAACCGCUCAAGCCGCUUAGUGACUGGAACUUCAGCGUCAAGGAUGCACAGGUCGCACGUGUGGUGCAGCACAUGGUUGAAAGUCGUGUACUGGCGAACGAGGACCAACCUGAAGAAGAGAACAAACUGGCGGUUGUGUACGAUCUGGACUCCAUCGAUAUGGCAUUCCAGGCGUUGCUAACGUCUUUCCCCGUGCACUUUGAGCACCGCUUUGCCAUGAAAUCAUGCCCACUGGCGUUCUUUGUGAAGCGUGCGAUCGAGAACGAGGUCGGACUCGAGUGUGCAUCGAUCGUGGAAGUGAAGCACGCGUUGAGACUUGGUUGCCCGCCUCACCGUAUAGUGUUCGACAGUCCGUGCAAGACGAGACGCGACCUGCAGUUCGCCAUCAACGCUGGAGUGGAAGUCAACGCUGACAACUUCGACGAAUUAAACAUUAUCCGUGAGCAUGCGGAGGCGAUUUUCCAGUCCAGCUUCCCUGAGUGUACUCCGCGAUACGCUGGUAAUCUGCCUCGGAUCGGGCUGCGUAUCAACCCACUGCUUGGAGCUGGAACCAAUACCUGCCUGAGCGUCUCCACGGUACAAUCCAAGUUCGGUGUGCCACUUACUCCUGAGAACCGCACCAAGAUCAUAGAAUUUUUCUGUGCGAAUCCCUGGAUGACCGGACUUCACGCGCAUGUUGGAUCUCAAGGUUGCUCGCUUGAGAUGCUUUCUCAGGGUGCUGUUGUAUUGAGCGAAUUGGCCAACGAGAUCGACGCUGCGGCCGGUGCGAGUAGAAUCAAGGUGCUGAAUAUUGGUGGUGGUCUCUCGACCAACUUUGACGGCGAGGAUGUGUCACCGACUUUCGCCGAGUACGUGGAGGUACUCCGUCGUGAGGCUCCACAGUUGUUCGAGCGAACGGGUCGCACCAUUUUGACCGAAUUCGGUAGCAGCGUCAGCUCCAAGACUGGCUGGGUAGUGAGCGAGGUCGAGUACGUGAAGACUCACCCUCGAGUUGAUGGUGACACGCUCGAGCAAACCGCCAUUAUUCAUGCUGGAUCGGAUCUCUUCUUGCGCGCGUGCUACCGUCCUGAGCUCUUUGCCCGCCGGAUAUCUGUCUACAACUCUGCUGGCCUGGUAUCUACGGCUCCGCUGGCAGUGCAGAAUGUGGCGGGACCGUUGUGCUUUGGAGGCGAUAUGGUGGGCCGUCGUCUGGAGUUGCCCACCAUUUCUCGAGGCGAUUUCGUCGUGGUGCACGAUACUGGAGCAAACACCAUGUCGAUGUUCAGCCGCCAUUGCAGUCGUCCAGCACCUGCUGUCUAUGGCUACCGCACGAACGAAGAUGAUAUUGCUCUCGAGUUGCUGAAGCCCGCAGAACCCCCUGAAGAGGUGAUGAGCUUCUGGGGGUAG